AAAAAAAAAACGUAAAAAAUCGUAAUUCAUAACUGAACAUAACAUGUCUUCCGAAAGGACAACAUAUAAAUAACCGGUAGUGCACAGCUAAUAGAUAUUAUACUUCAUUGGCAGCGUAUUGAAAAAUGAUUUAAUCACACAGCAAAUAUCACUGAUUUUAUACACAGACAGACCAAUACACACAAUCAUCCAGAUGUGAUCGUGCUAUUCCAACCAAGUAACCAACUUUCUUCUCAUGGUGCGUUUCUAUGCUUGCCAAGGCUUGACAAGCAACCACAAGGCACAAGCAUCCACAAACCUCGCUUGGCAUUUGGAAGUCGUUUACACGCUUGUGAAUGCGUCAGUGUGCUACGUACAUCCAAGCAUGGCGGACACCGCACUUGUAUCGGCUAUUACGUUUGGUUUAACCUACUUUUAUUUCAAAUAUAAGCAAAGUGAAACAAAAUCAAGGAAAGCCCGACGACCACGAAGAUGGUGGAUGAUAAAGAUUCAUAGAAAUCGUACCAGAAAAUUUUACCAAUGAUUUCCAAGCAUGAUACCGACUUCAGAGAAGCUAUACCAGCUAAAUUUCGUCUUGCCAUAACGCUACGAUUUUUAGCAUCUGGUGAUUCUUACAAAAGCCUACACUACUUGUCUAAAGUAUCUGUUCCUAUGAUAUCAAAAAUCAUUCGUGAAGUUUGCCAAGCUCUUAAUGAAGUUUUAAAGGAUCAAGUUAAGAUGCCCACCACAGCAGAAGAAUGGCUUAAAAUAGAAAAAGGAUUCAGGACCAAAUUUCCACAUUUCAUAGGUUCAUUGAAUGGCAAGCAUAUAGUCAUAGACAGCCCAUCUCAUAGUGGAACAGAGUAUUUCAAUUACAAGAAAACUUUUAGCAUUGUCCUUUUGGCAUUAGUGGAUAGCCAACAUAAAUUUAUAUUCGCAGACAUAGGGAGUCAAGGAAGAAUAAGUGACGGUGGAGUUUUUAACAAUUCGUUAUUAUGGCAAAAAAUCUCUAAUAACGAGAUAAAUUUUCCCUCGCCAUGUCCACUUCCAGGAUCGAAUAUAAAUGUGCCUUACAUAUUUUUAGCUAACGGUGCUUUUGCAUUGAGUAAACAUGUAAUGAAGCCCUACCCUGGAAACCAUGACGUCGGUUCACCAAAACUUAUCCCGCUCCCGAGUUGUAGUAGAAAAUACGUUUGGAAUUUUAACUUCAGUGUUCAGAAUUUUUAGACGCCCUAUGGACUUAGAUCCACAAACUGUGUCGAAACUUACGAUGACUUGUGUAUUGCUACAUAACUAUUUGAGAACAAGUAAAAGUUCCUCAAAUCGAUAUACUCCUCAGGGAUCGUUUGACGUAUAUGAUAGUAGUGGAAAUAUGGUGACCCCUGGUUCGUGGCGAAAUGAAAUCAAUGGAUAUAAUGCAUUGCAAAAUUUGCCUUAUGUACCACGAAGAUCUCCGCUGAAUGCCAGACAAAUCAGAGACGAAUUUACUUCGUAUUUUAGUAGAAAUUGCUAAGUUCAUGAAAAUUAAAAAUAAAAUUAUUAUAAAUAAAUGUGGUUUCAUUGAUUUAAAAUAAACGUUGCUUUUUACUUACAGUUUCGGUAUUUAUUCCAGCAAUGCAAGUAUAUACUGGUAGUAAAAAAGACUCCAUCUUUUCGUAAGCAAAC